CCGAGGUGGGAGGUGGCACCGGUGGCUGAGGAGGAGGCCCGAGAGCGACAUGUCCCCGGCGGCUGAAGCAGAGCGGCCAGCGGCGCUGUCUUUUUGAGUCCAGGGCGGCCUGGCGGUCGGCUGAGGACGAGGGUCGGCGGAGGCUGCCCCCGCGGUGCUGCCCGCCAUGCUGGGGGUCCGGCGGGUUGAGGAAACAGCCGUGGCGCUCAGGCGACUGCUGCUGCUACUGCUGCUGCCGGCUCUCCGGAGGCCGGGGCUCGGCGUGGCGGGCGCAGCGGGGGCCGGGCUGGCGGAGAGCGUCAUUUGGGCGGUCAACGCGGGCGGUGAAGCGCAUGUGGACGUGCACGGCAUCCACUUUCGCAAGGACCCUUUGGAAGGCCGGGUGGGCCGAGCCUCAGACUAUGGCAUGAAACUGCCAAUCCUGCGCUCGAACCCCGAGGACCAGAUCCUGUAUCAAACAGAGAGGUACAAUGAGGAAACCUUUGGCUAUGAAGUGCCCAUCAAGGAGGAGGGGGACUAUGUGCUGGUGUUGAAAUUUGCUGAGGUCUAUUUUGCACAGUCCCAGCAGAAGGUGUUUGAUGUGCGAUUGAAUGGCCAUGUUGUAGUGAAGGACUUGGAUAUCUUUGACCGUGUUGGGCACAGCACAGCUCAUGAUGAGAUCAUCCCUAUGAGCAUCAGAAAGGGGAAGCUGAGCGUCCAAGGGGAGGUGUCCACCUUCACAGGGAGACUCUACAUUGAGUUUGUCAAGGGGUACUAUGACAAUCCCAAAGUUUGUGCACUCUACAUCAUGGCUGGGACAGUGGAUGAUGUACCAAAGCUGCAGCCACAUCCAGGAUUGGAAAAGAAAGAAGAGGAAGAAGAAGAAGAGGAAUAUGAUGAAGGGUCUAAUCUGAAAAGACAGACCAAUAAGAACCGGGUUCAAUCGGGCCCCCGCACACCCAACCCCUAUGCCUCGGACAACAGCAGCCUCAUGUUUCCCAUCCUGGUGGCCUUCGGAGUCUUCAUUCCAACCCUCUUCUGCCUCUGUCGGUUGUGAGAACAAAUUACCAUCCUGAACAGGGUAGAGGGGUGCGGGAGAGAAACCAAAGAUGGUGGUUUUGGUUUCUGUAUUUUUCACAAAAAAAAACAAAAAACAAACAAACAAAAUACUCAAAAAAAUUAAAGGAGAUAAAAGAGGCAGAGUGAGUAGAGAGCAGCCCUCAUCCACCACCUGGUCCCAGACCUGCUUCAGUCCUCGUCCUCUCUUUGUGGCUGGCCUCCAGCUGUCUCUUUCCUCUCUAGGGUACUCUAGGGUACAACUGGAUCCUUCCUCUUCAAGGAUCCUAGUCUGUAAUACCUGGUGGAGAGGACUUUGAACUCAGAGUAGAAACGGUUCCCCUUUUUUAGGUUAGAAAUUAAUAGCAGGGAAAUGCCAUCUUAUUUUCCGAGGAGACCAGUGCUGGGAGGAGACCAGUUCUGAAUUUAUGUCCAGAAAAGUUUGGAGAUGUCCUGGGAUUGAGAGCAUGUGUGUGGAGGUAUAUACCUUGUAUGGAAAAGACAAAAAGAAAAAGGAAGGGGGAGGAAAAAAAAAAAGAAAAGUAGAUACUUCCUUACUUGGAAGUUUUUCUGGUUUUAGUCCAAUGAUGGUUCCACCUGAAGUGUUUGAGCUUUGUCAUUGCUCAUCUCCCUGAUGUGUGCCAUUUAGACUACUAUCUGGUAUCCAAGACAGUUAGUUUAUGUCAGGUCCUCAAGUUGCCUCUUGACUUGUUACCACAGCAAAUCAUUUUGAUUUCAGUGCCUGUUGGGGACUUGAUUUCAUCUCAUUUUUUUCAUAAUCUGACUCAUUUGAAAUCUCUCUCCCUCUCAACCAUCCCACUAACUUAUUGUCUAGAAGGGAAGGAGACAUGGGGAUUUUAGGUUCCCUCUGCUUGAAUGUCUUAUCCUCCACCACCUCACCUUGUUGGUACCUCCCUCCCUGGAUCUCUGAGCCAGCAGCCAGGAGGACGUGACCCAGCAGUUCUUUAACUGGCCCCUCUGUAGGGUCUUGCUGCCAGGGAGCAGGGAUGCUUUCUAGCCUGCAGCAACAGAACACUUGACCUUAAAAGUCUCUUCUGGUCUUUGGAUUAGAAAAGGCUUAUGUUAGUAUAACUUAAGAGCAACCUUAGAGACUUGAACCCUACUAAGUGACUGACCACUGUUUGGAAGUGUCUGAUACCUGAUGUUCAUUUGCUACCGUGUCUUUCUAUGUUAUAGACACCUCUGUCACAGUUCGACCUGUUUUGGUUUAUGUCCAGAGCUGUCCCCAGUGAAUUAGAUUGGCUAUAUCCUUAACUUAUUCAAGGCCCAAUGAAGCUUCUCACUAAUCUUAAUGGUAUACCCCUCUGUCCUUUCAUUUCUCUACCCAAGGAGCAGUCAGGUUCUUGGUGUGAUGGGUCUGAGAGAUUUCUCAUCAGCUAUAGUCCUGGCAGCUCUGAAGUCAACCUUUGCAUCAAAGUAUCUGUCUUUAAUUCUCUGGGAAAUUUUCUGCAGGAAAUGAAAUUCCCCUGUUCCCUCCUUUGUUGUCACCAUCAUCCAUUUCCCAGUUAAGGCAAUAAUGAGGGAGGACCCAGCCAAGGUCCAAGGAAUUUUGUGGAUGGAAGGCAGUAGGAUUAGCUUCAACCUGGGUUGGAAUCAGCAUAGAUUCUCAGGCCAGGCCCAUCUUUCUAGAAUAUGUUUAAUUUUGAGUUUGCUUUAUUGGAUAUGGUUAAGAGUUCCAUGUAUUUCAGCUGCUCUUUGUGUGACAAAGUAAGUAGCUCUUAGGCUCAUGUCUGGGUUUUGGCUCUUAAUGAGUUACUCGAGGCUAGCAUUGGUACUUUGAGAGUUGUAGCCCAUUAUUUUACCUGGGACUUGAGCCGCAGGACUAGGGUGUGGAGUCAGACAGCUGAGCCGCUGUGCCCUGAGGCUGCAAUCAGAGGAACACUUCCUGGGGUGCUUCAUGAAGCUUUCUGGCUUCUGAAAGGUGAAGUCAUAGCCUUGGACCUGGACCACCUGCUGAGGAGGUGGACAGCCUGACUAUAAAUUGAGCUUUGGCAGUGACUUUAGUAGUUUCCAUUCUAUCACAAUUCCCCAAAGUCAUGGGGCCACUGCCAAUGGAAUAGACAAGAUGAGGAAGGAGUACCUGCUGCCCCCGUUUUGCCUUGUGGAUUAGUUUGGCUGGGUCUCUCUGAGGAAGGAGGGGCCCUGCCUCCUCACCUCAGCCCAUCCCGUUAGUGACUCAGAGUCUCAGAAGGAAACUGGCUCCUGGGGCCAUUUCCUAAUGGUACUGUAAGCCAAGCAGCUUUGCUUCUGCCUCUGUUUCCAAGCCCACCCCUUUCCCCUGAGCUCAGGGAUAGGGUUGGGCGCUUUCCUCUCUGGUUGUGUCCGAAAGGAAGGAACAUCAUCUAUAGUUAACAAAAACUAAAGGGAAGUGAGGAAACAGGAAGAAGUAUGGUGGGGGCUGGGGCAGAGUCCCCCAGAGCCAAGCCCACCCAGCUAAUAAGAGCUGCCCAGGGCUGGCUACAGCUGGCUUGUGAUGCUGAACUUGAAACCUUUUCUUUUUUUUUUUUCUCCUCCAAAUGAUAAAGGUACAUGAAGUUUAGGUUAUAAAGGGGUGGGAUGGGGCAUUCUUUAUUUUUAUUUUUGUAUUGUGUGUGUGAUGAAUUACUCUCUUAGCCAUCUGUUGCUUUUUGCACUGUUUGUUCCCAAAACUGUAUUUGAGCUUAGUGCUAGGACUGAGAGGCUGCACUAUGGGGAGACUGACUGGCCCUGGGGAGGUGAUGAGUGAUGCCAGUUAGGAGGAGGAGGAGGAAAGGCCUGGGCUUUUGUACCAGAUCCCUGUUCUGUCCCAGGUUUUUGAGCCUAGCCAUCUGAAGACAAGAGCAGACUGCUAGGUUGAAACUCCUUUUGACAGAAGUAUGGCUUCAGUUCACUUUCUGGGUGGAUCAUGCAAAGACUUCUGCUGGAUAUGGGCUAAGUGCAACUAGCUCUCAUUCGUGUUAGGGGCCAGGCAGCCUCUAACUGGAUUUUUUUUGGGCCUCACUCAUGCUGACUGAAACACCAUGCCAGGAAAAACUAUCUGUGGGACCCAUGCCCUCUAAACCAUUUUUCUGAAAAAUCUCCAUUCUUUAGGAGAAGCUGCUCAGUUAUCUUCAAGUUUGUCCUAAUGGCAAUAGGCUUCCAGGAGGACUUGCCCCAGAUCUUCAGGGCUACCUGUUGGUUUGAGAGUAUGAUCUUGUUCUCUCGUUCCUACCGUGUGCCUGAAAUAUACUGGCCUGAAAUUCGGAGAUCACAUUAGAGGUUCCUUGGGCUUUGGUAAGAUGGGUUGAAUUUUGAGUUGUUUUCCCUCCCACUUUCUAUGCCUGGGAACUGUUUGAUCCAGUUUUAGAAUUGUGGUUUGACUUCUUUAUCUGUUUGGAGAAGCUUCUGUUCUAAGGAAUUUCUCUUCUUACCCUGCCUCUAGACUCUCCUGGGAAAGCCUGGCCAUGGCGUCUGGACUUUUAGCCAAACUUCAGAAAACAGCAGCAGUGUUUUCCCUUUCCUAGCACUUAUAAUCCUUUCCCUAGAAAUCAGCUUGCCUUGGGAAGCCCAGGGAAAGAUCCAGCAGAUUCUCUACCCUCCCUAGGGAAUGAGGAAGGACCCAUUCUGGUCAGCACAGUGCCUUUUCCUCUCCUGCUCUGAGCCAGGGUGGGCAUUCCCUCUAGAUUCAGGUCUGGGCAGGGAUCUUUUAGUCCCCACUAUGGGGCUGCUUCCCUAACCCCCCCCCCCCCCCCUUGCUGGCCUGCUCUGACACAAUUAAGUGUCUUCUUGCCUUGAGGAGCCUUAAUGGCAUCAAGUGGCAACACGUAAGAUUGCCAUCCAUGCCUCUCUUUUGCCGAGAUCCAAAAGGGUCCAGGAGAGCAUAUGAGCUUUCCAAAAUGAGAGACUGAUAGAUGCAAAAAUAGAGAAGGAGGUGGUGGUGGAUGCGCUUUGGUCUUCCUUCUGCCAGGGCCCCUUAGGAGGGAGACUGGGGCAAGGCUAAGUGGUAGUGCACUGAAAAAGAACCAGAACACCCAGGAUCUAUUCAGAAGUCGCAGAAGAAAUCUGCUUCUCUUCUAUGGAAAGAUAGAAAUAGGGAUCAAAGAGCUCUAAGAACAUUGCAAAGAAGCCUUAGUGUUCAAGCUUCAGAGAAUCAGAGGAAUUUUUCCCUUUCAGUCCAAGCUAGGAUUCUUUCUGUAUUUCUACUCUCCUGGGGCAAGAGGGUUAGAGUUCCUCAUUUUGAUACAAGACUAGGUUGGUACCAAUGGGUCAGCUUCCCAGAGAGGGUAGGUUUCUUCUUUGCCCAUGUGUGGCUUGCUGCCAAUCUGGUUUGUCCUUUCCUAGCUGCCUUUUGGUUGGUCUGCUUUAAGUGACCAGAUCAUUUUGAUAAGAGCAGGUGAUUUGGGAACUGGCUGGGUUGGCAGGAAGAGAGCAGGAUGGAUCUCUUGGGACGGGUUUCCCCCAGAAGUAUAAGAACAAGGAGCCAGGAUUGCUGGCAGCCAGGGAAGUAGUAGUGCCUGUUAGAGUUGGCAGAGAGGGCCUUGGCACCGCUUGCAUCCAGGCAGUCUUGUGAGAUGGGGGCAUAUAGCACCAGGAAAAGCAAAACUCUAUUCUCACCUCUAUUUUGAGCACCAGUGCUUUUAUUUCAGUAUGAGAAACAACAACAACAAACUGAAGUGCUUUCUGUCCUUUUAAAGGACAACCGUCAGGAAUGAAAAACCGAGUUGCCAGGUGGGUGGGGAGAAUUGGCAGGGAGAGACAUUCUGGCAAAACCAGGAAAGAGACAUUCUUCACGUCUCUGUUCCCUGGUAUGCCAUGAUCCAGGGAAUGAAAAGGAAUUUGACCCUGGAUUCGUUCCUUUGGAUUUAAGGAAUAUUACCUUUUCUUCUACUAGAUUUCUCCCAAGCUAGAACCAGCUGCCCAUUCUGAGCUUAGGACAGCCUCUUCAACCAUUUUAGGCCUAACCUGGCUUGUCAGGAAACCAACCUGGCCCUCCAAACUGGGCCUGGCUGCUCUAUUCUGUACCAAGUACUAGAGAAAAAGUGUCAGGUUCUUAGUAGUUCCUACUCUAGUGUCCCAUCUUCUCCCUGCCUAGACCAAACCAACUGUCUGUAGUCACAAUGUGCAUUUACAGCAGCACAAUGAGGUGUGCUUGAGGGCUUUGAACCUGGCAGGGUGGGGAAAAUAGUAGGGUGGAUAGAUCUGUCUUUCCUUCUGAGCUGUCUCCAUCUUUCCCUAUCCCUUCCAUGCUCCCAACCUACUCCCACCAAAAAGUAAAAAAUCAGGUUGUUUUUUCACUGUCCAUUGCUUUGUGUUUUAAUAAACAAUUUGCAGUGACA